UAAUCACAGUGGCCUGGAAUUUUCUAUCGAAUUAAAACUUUGAUUAUUUUUCGUGCAGCAAAGUCGAAACACCUUGCAAAAAACACCGAAUUCCACCAUAUCGCAUUGAUUUGCUAAUUCUGUUCAAGGAGCGUUGAGAGCGGAAAGAAAAACCUGCCCCAUCCCACCCGUUGCGUCAUGUUCUUCCCAAUGAUUGACCACUUUUGGUGGAAGUUUAUCAACUGUUUCGGCCUGGUUAUGAAAUUGGCCGAGGAUUCGCGUGUAAUUAUGAUGCUGGUCAGCUGCAUUAUGGCCGUGGCUUUUAUCCUGAAUAUUCAUUCCGGGAGAACUAUCCUCCGGGAUGUGGUUAAUGCGAUGGCCAACAGGAGGUUGAAAGCAAAGCUAGAUCGUCAGCCAUCGCCGAUUAAUAUUGCAGAGAAUCGGGUGACCAUAAAGCAGUUGAAGCUGCCUCUAAUGUGGAAGCAUUACGAGGAUCUACCGAUGGCGACUGUCCUGGAGAAUAAUGGAAGUACCGUGAUCCUGCGCAUAUACACUCCCCUAAACUUUCUGCCCUACCUGAUUGGAGCUGACUUGACCGGUAAAUACCAUUUUGUAGAGGCCAUCUUCAAGUGGGGCACCUUCCAAUCCGAGCACUCAAUUGGCAAGCAUCAGUUCUGUCUGGAGAUGCAGGCUCUGCACCGAAGUCCCCAGGAAAAAGGAGCCUAUGAGUACCUCACCUUGUCCUAUCUAUUCGCCGUGAGCCGCGUCAAGAACGAAUCACUCCAGGGGAUCUGCGAUAACCUCAUGUCGAUCCUGCACCCAGGAUCUUCGAUAGAACUGCCUCCCUUCGAAUUGGGGUCUCUGCUUCGACCUUUUGCCGGAGGUCAUUACACCUAUCGCGGCACCUACGACAAUGGAGAUGUGAUACUGCCCACCAUCUGGAUCAUCAACUCAAAGAUCUCCCAUGUCAGUUCGCGUCAGUUGGCCCACUUUGGAGCUCUCUAUCGUAGGGAUGGCAGAAGGAACUCGAAUAAUUCCCGACAGGAACAGCCGCUGGGCAGUCGCCAGUUGUACUUUAAUAUAUAA